AGAGCAGCAUUCACAAUAAAACUGCUGCUGUGAACACUACACUGCUACAGAAGAAUUAGACAGAAACAGUGAUUUGAUUGUCUCAAUCAUGUGGCUCUUGAUUUUCUUAGUCUGGUUAGUGAUAUGGGCCAGUGGCACAUACUGGUACCUGUUUGGGAAACCGAGCCCUUUCUCCUUGGAGUCAGUGAGACCCCCUGGACCUCGAGAGAUGGAUCAGAAGAAGCGGGACAAAGUCAUCAAGCAAGGUUUCAGCCUUGACAAAGUGCCCCAGAACCUGGACGUCAUUGUCAUCGGGAGCGGUAUUGGUGGGAUGACAGCUGGAGCCACACUGGCCAAAGCAGGGAAGAGAGUCCUGGUGCUGGAACAACAUGACCAGGCAGGAGGCUGCUGCCACACUUACUUAGAGAAAGGCUUUGAGUUUGAUGUUGGGCUUCACUACAUUGGUCAGGUCCAUGAGAACAGUCUGUUGCGUAUCGCCUUCGAUCAGCUCUCUGAGGGCCAGCUGGAGUUCCAAGAGCUAAAUCAACACUUUGACACCAUCCAGAUUGGCAUGGGUGAUGAGAAACGAGAGUACACAAUCUUCUCCGGUAAAACUGAGAUGCAAGCCCAUCUGAUGAAGCAAUUCCCCGAUGACACAGAGGCCAUCGAGACAUUCUUCAAAAUCAUGAAGGUCUCAGCUAAGAAGACCCACUACUUGGCAACUUUAAAGCUGAUCCCGCAGUGGGUGUCUCUAUUCCUGUUGAAGUCAGGCAUCGCAGACCUUGUCUCCCCUGUCUUCCGCCUCACUGGCACAGGCGCAACGGACUUUGUGAACACCCUGACCAGCAACAAGGAUCUCCAUGUCAUCUUCUCCUAUCUUUUCUAUGGCGUGCCUCCAAAGGACUCCAGUGUUUUGAUCAAUGCCCUCCUGGUUCAUCACUACAAACGAGGUGCCUACUACCCCAAAGGUGGUGCCAGUGAGAUCGCCUUCCACAUCAUCCGCACCAUUCAGAAAUAUGGAGGAAACUGUCUGGUCAGAGCUCCUGUCUCCCAGAUCCUUGUUAAUGAGAAGGGAGCGGCUUAUGGGGUGAAAGUGAGGAAAGGUCAGGAGGAAGUGGAGGUUCAUGCACCUGUGGUUGUAUCAAAUUGUGGCAUCUUUACCACCUUCCAGAAACUUCUGCCCCCUGAGAUCACAGUCAAGACAGAUAUUCAGGAAAGACUGAACAUGAUGAAACAUGGCAGAGGAUCGUUCUUGGUCUUCUCUGGCUUUGAUGGAACCGAAGAGGAGUUGGGUCUCCAGUCCACCAACUUCUGGCUGUUCAAAAACAAUGAUAUGGACAAGUCAAUGGAAGACUUCUUUGCAUUGAGUAAAGAAGAAGCACCGGAUAACAUUCCCAUGAUGUUCAUCACAAUGCCAUCUUCCAAAGACCCAGAAUCCAAAAUAAGACACCCUGGAAAAUCUUGCAUGACAAUACUGACGAUGGUGAAGUAUGAAUGGUUUGAGGAAUGGAAGGACACUACAGUGCGCAAAAGGGGAGAUGAAUACUACAACUACAAAAUGAGAUUUGCACAGAACCUCUUCGACUGGGCCUGUACUUUGUUCCCUAAAAUCAAAGACAAGUUGGUUUUCCAGGAUGUGGCGACCCCGCUGACCAACAUACACUAUCUGGGUGCCCAACGUGGGGCCAUGUACUCGGCUGAGCACAACCUAGAGCGUUUCCAUGCCGAGGCUGUGGCAAGGAACAGGUGCAACACCCCCGUCAAAAACCUCUACAUCUCAGGUCAAGACGUGUUCAGUUGUGGGAUAGCAGGCGCUCUGCAUGGUGGACUCCUCUGCGCCUCUGCGGUGUUAGAUCACAUUGUCUACAUCGACUUGCUCCUCCUCAAGAAGAAGCUGAAGAGGAGGAAAGCCAGCGAGUUGGCCCAGCUGGCUAAGAAGAAGCUGCAAUGAGAGUGCUCGCUACUUCCCCUGCAGGACAAUAAUGGAACUGCACAGACCUGGUGCAAAAGGACCCUUGAUUGUUGUGGGAAGCUAAAACCAACACACCACCGCUGGGUCCCAGAUCUGUUCUUUAUAUUAUAAAGUCUACACAUACUAAUGCUAAUAGUGAAUAUUUCUGAAAGUUUUAAGGAACAAAUGUUAUAUCUUGUUUGUACUACACUGCAUGAACCCUGUGGCCGGUUUCAAAAUAGAAAACAUGACAAACAGACAAUAAGAAUUAUUAGUUUUCUGAGCUGAGGCUGUCACACUGUCAUGUGUUCCUGGUGGAUCAGUCAGUCUGGUGAUCUAUGCCAGCAUACUAGACUGACUUACAUUAAGCAACUUAAGUUCACAGACUUCUUAAAAGUCUGUAUGUAUGGGGCUGAGGAUGGUUUUGGUGAGUUUUCAGUAUUAGAGAAGGUAACCACAGGUAACCACAAAGUAUUUUAAUGCUCAUAAUGCACAAUAUCUUGAGUUGAAUAACCAUAUUGGCUAUUUAAUACCCCCAUGUAACUCUGCAGCAUUUUAUGUGAAAUAAUGCUUAGUAUUUAGUUGGGUAUCUUUUAGCUUGCAGUGCUUUUCAUAUUUUAAUUGUGUGCACAUAAACAUAAAACAUCUCUUCAUUUAAUUGUCGUAUUUACUGAUCUAGGUAAAAUGCUAUUGCUCCAUUUUUGUACAUUUGUAUUUAGGUAUAUAAUCUAAAAUGUGCUGUAUUGGGGAACAGUUUUACUGUAUUAUAUAAAGUUUUAUCUUAUCUUAUCUCACCUUGAUGUAAAGCUAAGAAAUAUCAACAAAUGCUUAAUCAUGAAUGUAAUUGCUUUUUCACUGUUUUUGUGAUGUAUGUACAGAUUUUUUUGACUUUACGUAUUUUUACUGUUUGUUUUAGAAUUAUGCAAAAUGCAUAUUUGUAUUCUUUCUUGUAUAUACUCAAUACAUUCGAUAAACCAAAUAAAACAUUUGAAUUAUC